GACGCGCGGGUCCUAUUUGUCCAUAUCACAUCCACAUUUUCUUUCUGUUGAUAGUUCUGGUUUCAUCUUCUCUUCAAUGUCCAACCUCACAAUCCCAAUUGUAACACCAAACAACAAGAAAGAAGAUACUCUCUGCUACAAAUUGGAUUAAACCCAUGGAAACAUUUACAUUACCGUAUCCCUAUAAUGGUUAUGGUGGUGGGUAUUGCUCAUCUUCUUCACCCUCUUCUUCUUCUUCAUCAUCUUCUUCUUCUUACUACAACAAGAUUGUUAUUGUAAUGGGGAAGAGCAAGAAGCCUCGCCCUCCUCCUCCAAAGGGUUCUGAGCCAGCUCCUCCAAGAAUUACAUCAAAUCUCAAGCAGAAUUUGCAGUUUUUGAAGUUAUGGAAGGAAUUUCAAAAGAGGAAGUCUAGCACACCCAAGCCUGCUACCAGUUACCGCAAAAAGAAAGUGGACAACGAAGACCUUCCAGAAGAUACAGAACUCUAUCGUGAUCCUACCUUGUCCCUCUACUAUACAAACCAGGUUAUAGACAACACAGUCCCCGUCUUGCUUGUCGAUGGCUAUAAUGUAUGUGGCUAUUGGGCGAAGCUGAAGAAGCAUUUUAUAAAUGGACGACUUGAUAUUGCCCGACAAAAAUUAAUUGAUGAACUUGUAACAUUCAGUAUGCUUAGAGAGGUGAAAGCGGUAGUUGUCUUUGAUGCCAUGAUGUCAGGGCUUCCUACGCACAAGGAAAAUUUCGCUGGUGUUGAUGUGGUUUACUCGGGUGAAUCAUGUGCUGAUGCAUGGAUCGAAAGAGAGGUUACUGCCUUGAAGGAGGAUGGAUGUCCAAAGGUUUGGGUUGUGACUUCUGAUCAUAUGCAACAACAUGCGGCGCACGGAGCAGGAGCCUUUGUUUGGAGUUGCAAGGCUUUGGUUUCUGAAAUUAAGGCAUCACACAAGGAAAUAGAGAAGAUGCUUCAAGAACAAAGGCCCUCUUCUUUUCAAGGUAGAUUGUUAAAGCACAAUCUUGAUUCUGAAGUUGUAGAUGCUCUCAAGGAUCUAAGGAAUAAGCUAGCUGAGAAUGAGUCAAAAAAUAGGUGAUCUAAUUUAGUUCUAGAAUUUAGAACUUAGAACUCUGAAUAUACCCUUUACCUUGGACAAUGGUCCUUGUUCAACUUUGGUCUAAAUUUUUGUUAAUAAUUGUAUAGGAGGGAUUCAGUGUUACUGUCCAUUUAUUUCAAAGUACCCUAGAGGAAGUGUUAGAUGCUGCACUCCAUUAUUAUUUCCAUCUUUCUUCAUUA